UCCUUGACUUCAAAGUCGCGCUAUAUAUAUAUUUGACGGUCCUCUCUUGGGACGCUUCAUUCAAAGGACUGGCCGUCCCUCGGGGUACUCCAGCACCAUGCCAGCCAAACCAGCUCCUAUCAAGAAAGCCCCUUCCAAGAAGGCGGCCCCUAAGACAGCGGAAAAGAAGGCCGAACCCGCGCCCGCUCCAGAGCCUGCCCCCGAGCCCGCACCAGCUGCGCCCGCACCCGCCGAGGCCGCUCCUGCCCCUGCUGAGGUGGCACCUGCUCCAGCCGAGGCAGCUCCUGCCCCGGCAGAGGCUGCCCCAGAGGCCCCUCCUGCGGAAGCCGCACCUGCACCCCCUCCAGAAGCCCCAGCUGCCGAAGUGCCCCCUGCAGAGGAACCCAAACCCCCAACGCCCCCUCCCCCAGCAGUUCCUACUAGUGCACCUCUGAACGUGACUGUUGAGGAUGUCAAUGACUCCUCAGUCACAAUCAAAUGGAGGCCACCUGAGACCAUUGGUGACUCAGGCUUGGAUGGGUACACUGUGGAGUACUGUAAAGACCAAACAACUGACUGGGUGGUGGUAAAUGCAGAGCCAACAGAGUCCAACCGCUUAGUGAUCAAGGACCUGACGAAAGGGGACGUCCUGCACAUCCGUGUGGUCGCGGUCAACCCUGGAGGCCGCAGCGAGCCCGGUGUCCUGGCCGAGCCUGUCAAAGUGACCGAGGUUGUGGAUCGUCCCAAAAUCCGCCUGCCCCGCUUCCUCAGAUCGAGGCUCGUCAAGAAGAACGGACAGCAGAUCAAUAUUGUCAUUCCCUUUGUGGGCAAACCCAAACCUGUGGUGACUUGGACAAAGGAUGGUCAGCCUUUGGAUCCCAAGAAGGUCAGUGUGCGGAACAGUGACAAGGACAGCAUCCUGUUCAUCCGCACGGCUGAAAGGGACCACUCGGGCAAUUACGAGAUGACCGUGAAGGUGGAGAGCUUUGAAGACAAAGCCACCAUCGUCAUUCAGGUUGUCGAGCCGCCCGGUCCACCCACUAGCAUCAAGCUUGUGGACAGCUGGGGUUUCAACGCUGCACUGGAGUGGACCCCACCCAAGGACACUGGCAACACAGAAAUUACAGGAUACACCAUCCAGAAGGCUGACAAGAAGACUGGGGAGUGGUUCACUGUCUUGGAGCACUACCACCGACUCACCGCCACCAUCUCCGACCUCAUCAUGGGCAACUCCUACUCCUUCAGGGCCUUUGCAGAGAACAAGUGUGGAAGGAGUGAGGAAGCUGCUGUAACAAAGACAUUAGCCACCAUCCAGAAGACAGGUAUUGUCUACAAGCCUAUGGAAUACAAGGAGCACGACUUCAGCGAGGCUCCCAAGUUCACGACUCCCCUGAGCGACCGGGCCGCGACCGUGGGUUACACCACCAAGCUCCUGUGCGCCGUGCGCGGGUGCCCCAAGCCCAAGAUCGAGUGGAUGAAGAACCAGAUGAUCAUCGGCGACGACCCCAAGUUCCGACAGAUCAGCAACCAGGGCGUGUGCUCCCUGGAGAUCCGCAAGCCCUGCAGCUUCGACGGCGGCAUCUACACCUGCAGGGCGCGCAACGCCCACGGAGAGGCCACCGUCGCCUGCAAGCUGGAGGUUAAACAGGUCCUUCUUCCAGAAGCUGACAAGAAAUAGACCCACAUCACAUGCAUACAGCAGUUGCAAAUUAUGACCAGCAGGAGCCUCACCCAAGAAAUAAAGAAGGAAGAUUGUGAAGGUGGUUGAAAGCUGAAGUGAAUCGUGUAAAUAUUAAGAGAAAGACAGUUUAAUGAGUUAAACUGGAGGCAAGUUGUUCUGCAUCCAAGAGAUCCCAUGAGGGCCUUGAAUUUUCCCUUUUCUUGUAAGAAAAAACCCACUUCAUUGCAAACCAAAUAUAAAUUUAGAAUUUAGAUUUAACAAUUAAGAUGGAACAAUGUACUUAUCUGCAGAAAUGGUAUUCCUGACUGUGUCCUCUAUUGCAGCUGAACAAAUCUGUAAACAGUUAAUAUCUGUGAGUGAAACACAUGGACACUAUAUGGCAUUGAUUGUAUGGAAUUGCAUGAACAUUUAUUAAAAUGGAUAUCUUCAUUCUCUA